AUGCAUCUUUCUCAAUAUGUGCUCCCAGCAGCUGUUCUGUCUACAGGCGUCAACGCCUUCUAUCCAUACAUACGCCCCUCAACUGAGGCUCCGUCGUUGAGCAGCGGACUGGUCGAACGGUUCUACCUAUUUCAUCUGGGAAUUGGUGUUAGCAGCGAUGAUGAGACACAGAAGGACGAGUUAUUGACUCUUCCGCUUACGAAGCGGUCGACUGUGAAUAGGCGAGAGAACAAAUAUACGAUCGUUCAUGGAAACCCGGCGACUGGCCCAAACAGCGUGACCGUCAAUCAGGAUGGCAACGACUUCUCCUACUUCUUUUCGAUGGAAUUCGGCUCAAACAAUCAAUCGAUGUGGAUGUUGUUCGAUACUGGUGGUACAAACACCUGGGUAUUCGGAACCGAUUGCACGGUCACUGCUUGUGAAUUGCACAACACCUUUGGCAAGAAUGAUUCAACAACGCUGCAGACGACGGGAAAUACUUUCAGUGUCGGUUAUGGAUCCGGAACAGUCUCGGGGUUUUUGAGCAGCGACACGGUGAAAUUUGCCAAUCUCAGCUUGGAACUUGGUUUUGGACUAGUCAACAAUGCGUCAAAGGAUUUCACCGACUACCCCAUGGACGGCAUUCUUGGAUUAGGGCGUUCUAAUUCCAGUGUAACGGGACCAUCCACAGCAAUGGAGGCUAUCGCCCAGGCAAAGCUUCUCCCGGCGAACAUUAUCGGAGUAAGUCUGCAACGAAACAAGGAUGGUGCCAAGGAUGGUCAAGUCACAUUUGGCGGCGUGGACACAAGCAAGUUCGAGGGUAACAUCGCAUACACCGCCGUCAAUUUAACCACAAAUCGGUGGGAGAUACCCUUGGAUGAUGCCGUUGUUGCGGGAACUCCACUCAACUUUACUGGCAAGUCUGCUAUCAUCGAUACUGGAACGUCCUACAUCUUUCUUCCACCAGCUGAUGCCAAAGCCAUUCACGCCUUGAUUCCGGAAUCCACUCAAGCAGACACAGAAUUUUUCAUUCCAUGCUCAACAAAUUUGACCCUCCAAUUCAUCUUUUCUGGGGUGGCAUACAGUGUGUCGCCUAAAGAUUAUGUCGGCACUAACUCAGGUGGCACAACAUGCUAUUCCAACAUCGUUGGAGCCCAGACAUUUGGGCCUGAUGACUGGCUUCUUGGGGAUGUAUUCAUGAAGAAUGUCUACUCGGUUUUUGACUUUGACCAAAACCGAAUUGGCUUCGCUGCUCGUAAUGGUACAAACACGACCAUGAACACUCCUUCCACAGUCUCCGCUCCUGCCAGCGCAGAGCCAAGCGGCACAACAACUGGAACCAGCAGUACGCAAACGGCUGGUACAAACCACACCGGUACAUACACCGGUAGUGCCACACCUUUAACACUUCCCUCUUCGACCAAACUCGCAACGCUGGUCACCUUCUUAGGCUUGUAUUUCUUGUUCAACCUGUGA